AUGAAGCAGAGAUUCUCGUCCCUUGACGUCAAGGUCAUCGCCCACGAGCUCCACGAAAGUCUCGUCACCCUUCGACUGGCCAACGUCUACGACCUGUCCUCCAAGAUCCUACUGCUGAAGUUUGCGAAGCCCGACAAUAAGAAGCAGAUUCUCAUCGACUCGGGCUUCCGCUGCCACCUGACCGACUUUGCGCGCACCACCGCUGCUGCCCCUUCCGCCUUUGUGGCGCGUUUGCGCAAGUUCCUCAAGACAAGACGCUUGACGGCCGUGUCACAAGUCGGAACCGACAGAAUAAUCGAGUUUACAUUCAGCGAUGGGCAGUACCGACUCUUCCUCGAGUUUUUCGCCAGCGGCAACGUCAUCCUGACCGACGCCGAGCUCCGCAUCUUGACCCUGCUGCGGAACGUUCCCGAGGGCGAGGGCCAGGAACCCCAGCGCGUCGGACUCAGCUACUCCCUCGACAACAGGCAAAACUUUGGCGGCGUCCCGCCCCUGACGAGAGAGAGGCUGCAGAAUGCACUGAGGGUCAUGGCGGCCAAGGCCGCCAACGCGCCGACGACGGGGAAGAAGAAGGUCAAGCCAGGCGACCAGCUCAGGAAGGGCCUCGCCACGACCAUUACUGAACUGCCUCCGAUGCUCGUCGACCACGCCUUCCAGGUCACCGGGUUUGACCCGACAAAGACGCCGGCCGAGCUCCUCGACAGCGACGCACUGCUCGACAGUCUGCUGCACGCCCUGGCUGUCGCCAGAAAGGUCGUCGAGGACGCCACGAGCUCGGCCACGACGACGGGCUAUGUCAUUGCGAAAUACAGGCAGAAGAGCGAGGAGACGGAAGAAAAGCCGGACGACGGUGCCGGGACGAAGCGUGAAGAUCUUCUCUACGACGACUUUCACCCGUUUCUGCCGCAAAAGUUUGCCGACGACCCUUCCGUCAAGGUCCUCACGUUUGACGGCUUCAACAAGACGGUGGACGAGUUCUUCUCCUCGCUGGAGGGCCAGAAACUCGAGUCCAAGCUCACCGAGCGCGAGGCCGCCGCCAAGAAGAAGCUCGAAGCGACGCGCCAGGACCACGCCCAGCGCAUCGAAGGUCUGCAGGAGGCCCAGUCGCUGAACGAGCAAAAGGCCGCCGCCAUCGAGGCCAACGUCGAGCGCGUGCAGGAGGCCAUGGAUGCCGUCAACGGUCUCGUCCAGCAGGGCAUGGACUGGGUCAACAUCGGCAAGCUCAUCGAGCGGGAGCAGAAGCGGCACAACCCUGUGGCCGAAACCAUCAAGCUGCCGCUCAAGCUCGGCGAGAACCUCAUGACGCUCCUGCUCGGCACGGAGGCUGUCGAGGACGAGGACGAGGCCUACGAGACCGGAUCGGACGCGUCCGACAGUGAGGAUGACGAAGACGGUGCCAAGGCCAAGGGUGCCGACCGGCGGCUGCAGAUCGAGAUCAAUCUCGGCCUGUCGCCUUGGGCCAACGCGCGAGAGUACUACGACCAGCGGCGGACGGCCGCCGUCAAGGAGCAGAAGACGGUGCAGCAUUCGACCAUGGCGCUGAAGAAUGCCGAGAAGAAGAUCACGGAAGAUCUGAAAAAGGGGCUCAAGCAGGAGAAGGCGGUUCUGCAGCCGAUACGGAAGCAGAUGUGGUUCGAAAAGUUCAUCUGGUUCCUCUCGUCCGACGGCUACCUGGUGCUCGGCGGCAAGGAUGCCCAGCAGAACGAGACGCUGUACAAGCGGUACCUGCGCAAGGGCGACGUGUACUGCCACGCCGACAUGCACGGCGCCGCGACGGUCAUUGUCAAGAACAAGCAGGACACGCCGGACGCGCCGAUCCCGCCGUCGACGCUGGCGCAGGCCGGCAUGCUGUCCGUCUGCAGCUCGAGCGCGUGGGACUCCAAGGCCGGCAUGGGCGCCUGGUGGGUCAGGGCCGACCAGGUGUCCAAGUCGGCGCCGACGGGCGAGUAUCUGCCCGCGGGCAGCUUCAUGGUGCGGGGCCAGAAGAACUUCCUGCCCCCGGCGCCGCUGGUGCUGGGCCUCGGCAUCAUGUUCAGGAUCAGCGAGGAGAGCAAGGCCAAGCACGUGAAGCACAGGCUGCGGGGCGACGAGAGCCCGGCGGGUGCCGUCAGCGGCUACGACACUGCUCCCGACAGCGCGCUGGACGUUGACGAUGGCGAUGAGAACGAGGAGGACGAGGACGAAGAUGAGCGUGAGGACGAGGCUGACGACAACCAAGAGAAUGAUGCGCGCGACAACCCGCUGCAGGGGACCAACAGCGCCGAUGCUGAUGCCGAUGACGAUGACGACACAGAUGGCGAGCGACAGGAGCAGCAGCAGGAGGAGGAGGACGAGGAGAAGCAAAAGGAAAAGGAAGCGGCGCCAGUCGAGCAGAUGAAGGACCUGCAGGUAUCUUCCGAGGCCGAAGAACCCGCAGAGACCAACCCACAAGACGAAGACGAAGGAGGCGACUCCGAAGCGGCCGAGGACGACGCGCCACCACAGGGCAGCGCGCAGACGACGACGGCGGCGUCGAAGCAGCCCGCACCCGCCAAGACGGCACCGGCCAAGCGAGGCAAGAAGGGCAAGGCCAAGAAGAUGGCGGCCAAGUACAAGUACCAAGACGAGGACGACCGCGCGGCAGCCGAGGCGCUGAUCGGAGCGGCGGCCGGGCGCCAGAAGGCCGAGGCCGAGGCCAAGGCGCGGGCGGAACGGGAGGCGCAGGCGGCGGCGCAGAAGGAGCGGCGGCGGGCGCAGCACCAGAAGCAGCAGAAGGCGACGGCCGAGCACGAGGAGAUCCGGCGGCUGAUGCACGAGGAGGGCGUCGAGCUGCUCGAGGCGGACGAGGCGGAAAAGGUGACGGCGCUCGACGGGCUCGUGGGCACGCCGCUCGUCGGGGACGAGAUCGUCGAGGCGAUCCCCGUGUGCGCGCCGUGGAACGCGCUCGGGCGGUUCAAGUACAAGGUCAAGUUCCAGCCGGGGCCGGUCAAGAAGGGCAAGGCGGUCAAGGAGGUGCUCGAGCGGUGGAAGCUCGUGGCGACGAAGAAGGGCGUCGUCGACGAGCGGGCGCAGGACUCGGAGCGCAUGUGGCCGCGCGAGGUGGAGCUCAUCAAGGCGUUCAAGCCCGAGGAGGUCAUCAACUCGGUGCCCGUGGGCAAGCUCAAGGUCAUGAUGGGCGCUGGCGGCGGCGGCGGCGGCGGCGGCAGCGGUGGCGGCGGAGGAAAGGGGUCAUCAGGCAAGGGGGGCAGAGGCGGCAAGGGAUCGAAGAGGAAGUAG